UGCUGACAACUUGCAGAAAUGAAAGUUGCGCUUGCGCUUCAUUGUUUGUUGAAUCUGUCAAAAAUAAAUUUUUAUUAAGUAAAACCGAUUGUUAUAAUGUCUGCAAGUGAUAUUAAACAGGCUCUCAGAAAAUUAGAUUAUCCAAUAUGUGCCAAGGAAGCUUUAUAUCGAAUCGAAAUGCUGUGCAGUCGGCCAGGAAAGCAAAUGGACCUGCAAAUGGAUUUAAUGACCGAAUUUGUUUUCGGUGAAAUUGAGAGACGGAGAAAACGUAAUGUUCCGGCAGCAAUUCAGGAAUUACAAUUAAUUGAAGUGUUGAGUGAUUUUUUUCAAAAUCCAGGUGGAAGUCCAGCUGUUCGUAAUGCAUUAUUUUUAUCUCUCUAUCCAGCUGGUAGUCCACGUUAUAAAGUUUUGGGUAAUUUAGUUUCGUUGGCAAUUUCAAUUCAAAAUAAAGCCGUACUCAAUGCAACGGGAAUUUGGAUGCAACAAUUGGGUUCAACAUCGCAGGAAAGUGUUGGACUUGCGAGACACAUACUUAAUGAUUAUUUUGUCCUCACUUCAAAAUCAGUCGACAGAUUACAAUUACUUCCGGUGCUUGCACCACAUUUUACCGCAAAUCUUCUCACAGCAAUUGGCGAAGUUUAUAAAGACAAAAAUCCACCUUCUGACGUACUUCGAUUAAUUGGCGAUUGGAUUAAUGACAAUCCAAGUCUUUUAUUGACGGCUCUAAUGGAUAAUCCGGCUUUACCCACUGGAGGUAUUCCCAUGACGCCAAUUACUCCCAUCGCCGGUCUUUUCAGGUGGUGUAUAUUGAGUCCGGUGCGAAUAGUCGACGAUAAUUUAAAUCAAAUUGAGGACGAGCAACGGCUUUAUUCGAAAAUACAGCAACUCUUGAUGGAUUCGGUAUUGAGACUGAAGAGCAAUAAUGGAAGUAAUAAGCACGCAAUAUCGGCACAACAUUUAGCGGCAACGACACGAGCGUUAACUUUGGUCUUGCAAAAUUUCAAUGGUAAUAGUGAGACGUCUCGCGAUCUUGCGAUGGAAAGAUUAGCGCAAGCCGUCAGUGCGGCAAUGUCGGCAAAUUGUAUAUAUGGAAAUAAACAGGAACUUUUGGCACUUUUACAAUCCUUGUCCUAUCAACAUUUUCUCAUCGAAUGGACACUUCAGACGUACUCGACGAAAGCUGCAUAGAAAAGUGUUUCGAUUAUUUGUAAUUAUGUAUUUAUAUUUAAAUUAUAUGUACAUGGAAAUUUGUAUAUUAUAAAUUUAAUUUUUACGAAA